AUGGCGACGACAUUUGUCAAGAAUAUACAAGAAAUACCGAACCUAAAACCACCGCAAGAGACAUUUGUCGAUGAUCCUCAAUCAAUAACCGAAAUCAACUUGGAAGAUCUCACAUUUGACUUGAGCAACGGUUUGAAAAAUGUGAGCAAUCUACAUAUUCUACAUUGUAUCUAUAUAUCAACCGUGUUAAUUCAAUUCACCAUAAAAUUACAAGAAUCUCCAAUCUUGUAUCAAAAAUAUAGGAAUCUACAAUUGAAAAAAUGGGGUAUCGACACGGUUCAAGAAAUAAGGUGUAGUAGUGAUGAGGAAACUGAGAAAGGUGUUGACAAGAGAGAAAAACUCUCCUUAUCAUCAACAUCGUCGAGUGAUUUAAGUGACUCAGGUGAAUCAAGCGAUGACUUGAAGAUUAUGGACGAGGCAAUGGAGUUGAGCCAAGUUGGCUUUGAAAUGGAAGAUAUGAACCAGUUAAGUAAGGGCAGUAACAAUCUUUUACCCUCGCAUGAUAUGUUUAUGUUCGAAGAUGAAGAUGUAGACGAGAUAAAGUUUAGAAAAAAUAGCUCAAUAUUGGCAUCCUCACCACCACCAUAUAUUCCUAUUGAGACAUUACUCAAAACCACAGAUUUAUCUAUAGACGAUUCAAUACAGCAACAAAAACAACAAACAAGUGCAUACGCACGGCGACUCAAGGCUGAACUCGCGCAUGCCUCCAAGUCCAAAGUGAAACAUCCUCAUCAUUACAAGCACUUGUUGAAAAUAUUCAAUUUGAUGAAGCUCCCGCAAUUAACGAUAUUACGUUUUCUUCUUCGAAUAAACCAAUACUCACCAAAAAUAUCAAUCAACGCAUACCUCCAUUCUAUUUUUCUCAUUUAUAAACUAACAAUAAUGAUAGAUUUAUUUCAAUUAACCAAAAAGAAUAGCUUUAGAUUUGUAAUUGGUGCGUUAAGAACAUCAAUUAAGCUCCUAGAUGACAUUUAUCAAAAACAAACAAGUUUUAAGAAUGUAGUUGGUUGUAAUUCUCAUGAUCUACUCAAGAUUGAAAUCGGGUUCCUAUACUUGAUGAAUUUUAACAUGAAUUUGAUAAAGGAGGAUCUGGUUAUUGCAAAGUUUCUACAGGAAGAUUUUGUUUCCCUUUGUAAAUUCAUGAAAUCAGAAAUGGCAGAGUAUUAUAAUGAAGUGGUUAGCCAAAUGGAGGAAGGAGUUUGA